UCCAAGAUUUUACAAAAUCCAAUUUUUUUCAAAACUUUCAUUUUUCAAAUCAACGAAACAAACUAUCGAUAAAUUCAACAAUGAACUUGCCAAAAGCGGAAGUCGUCCCCCCAUACAUUGCCACAGAUGCAACAACUUUGACUUUAGGGUUUGAAGCCGCACCCGCGCCAUUUCCAAUUCCUCUCUCUCUCUCUCUGUCUGAACUCUUAUCUACUCUCUCUCUCUACCUAUGCAUGAACGGGAUCCGAUUCUGGACCGUCGCAGCUGAAUCGAGUCUCAGUCUUAUCCGUCUUCUGCAAUGGCGUCGAAGCCGUCCCCGUCGCCUUCCGCCAGCAGAUCCGGGUCUCUCCAGGACACUCCGAUGGCAAAGCCAGACGAGUCAGCUCCUGAGAGCGAGGAGAUUGCAUCAGUUAUUGAAUCUCUGAAAAGACACGUUGUAGAUGAACGGUGUGUUUCUAUAAAGGAAAGGAUGGAAAAGAACAGACACAAAUUGGCUAGUGUCACGAGCCAUCUGCAGAAGCUGUCGAAGGAAAGACGAAACAGCUGGAUUAACCUUGCCGAUUCUAGCCACGAUCUACUGAAGAAGAGGCAAGAUGAUGCGAUUGGUAUGCAUAGCGGCAUUGGCACUAGUAGUGGUGAUAAAGACAGCGACAGUCAUCAAGAAGACUCUCAUGCUUCUACGGCUGUUCUUCUGGGAACCAGUAUUCCUCCGGGGAAGAAUUCCGUUCGGCCAAUUAGGCUGCCUGAAGUUAGGAAAUUACCUCCUUACACCACCUGGAUUUUUUUGGACAGAAAUCAGAGGAUGACAGAAGAUCAAUCAGUGGUGGGUCGGCGAAGGAUUUAUUAUGCUCAGAAUGGCGGGGAGGCACUUAUUUGUAGUGAUAGUGAGGAAGAAAAUGUUGACGAAGAAGAGGAAAAGAAAUAUUUUUUGGAAUCAGAAGAUUAUAUUAUACGCAUGACAAUCAAAGAAGCUGGAUUCUCAGAUGCCGUUAUAAAUUCCUUGGCGGAAUGUUUCUCUAAAAAUACAGAUGAAAUCAAGGCAAGAUAUGAAAGUCUAACCAAGGAUGAGAAGACUUCAGUGGAUUCCCUUCAUGUGGACAGUGAAGCUUCGUCGUUGAAUUCUUUUCUUGAUAAGGAUCUUGAAGCUGCUUUGGAUUCGUUUGACAACUUAUUUUGUCGUCGCUGUCUUGUCUUUGAUUGCAGAUUGCAUGGAUGCUCACAAGAUCUUGUCUUUCCAGCUGAGAAACGACCACCACUGAACCAUCCAGACGUUGAAAAUCUACCAUGUGGUGAACACUGCUACCGAUCGGUGUCAAAGUCCGAAAAAAUGCCUACUGAGGAUUCCCCUGAGCUUGGUGAUACAAAAGACAACUCUGUCCAGCCAUCAUCUGGUAGUGCUGGGACUCGCACGACCGCAAGGAAAAAACAUACUCCAUGUGCUCGAAAGAAGGCCAGGCCCUCCCAAAGUGAAAGUGCCUCGUCAAAUAUCAAAAACAUGUCAGAUAGUAGUGACUCAGAGAUUGGACCCCAGCACACUACUUCCACGAGCCAUUUGCCACCCUCCAAGACAAAACUUUGUGGAAAGGGUGGGGUUUCUCAAAGGAAUAGCAAACGAGUGGCUGAACGUGUUUUGAGUUGCAUUAAAAAAAGGCAGAAGCUGAUAGGAUCUGAGUCAGAUUCUGUUGCUAGUGGAGGUCUUUUGGGAGGUGAUGCAAAACUUAGCAGUAGUCCACACAGAGAAAAUGAAGAUGCCAAUUCUUCUUCCCAGAAAAAUUCAAAAUCAAGGUCUAGGAAAACAGAGCUCUCUGUUCAGAAUGUGCAAGGUGUAGCUCGUGAUGGUAUAUCAAGUGCGAUGGUCGCCAAUCCACCUGGAAGUAGCAGUGAUGUUACCUUGAGAAAAGAUGAUUAUGCUGAUGGAAACAGUCGUAAAAUGGAAUUGAAUGAUAACCUGUCUUGGAAAGCUUUUGAGAAAAGUCUUUUUGAGAAAGGCAUGGAGAUCUUUGGCAAAAAUAGCUGUCUAAUUGCUCGGAACCUGUUAAAUGGUUUGAAGACAUGUGUGGAAGUUUUUCAAUUCAUGAGACAAGCAGAUAAACGGCUAGCCUACCAAGCAGGUGAUGCUGCAAAUUGUCUUGGUGACGGCUAUUCCAAGUUUGACCAAGGCAAUAAUGAAGUUAGGAGAAGAUCAAGGUUUUUGCGCAGAAGGGGUAGAGUUCGUCGCUUGAAGUAUUCUUGGAAGUCUACAGCCUACCAUUCUAUUAGGAAACGGAUAAGUGAGAGAAAAGAUCAACCAUGCCGCCAAUACAAUCCUUGUAACUGCCAAACAGCUUGUGGAAAGGAGUGCCCAUGCCAUUUGAACGGCACAUGCUGUGAGAAGUAUUGUGGAUGUCCUAAAACUUGCAAAAAUCGUUUCCGGGGCUGUCAUUGUGCCAAGAGUCAAUGUCGAAGCCGUCAAUGCCCUUGCUUUGCUGCAGACAGGGAAUGUGAUCCAGAUGUUUGUCGGAAUUGUUGGGUUAGUUGUGGCGAUGGCUCACUUGGUGUGCCUAAUCAAAGGGGCGACAAUUAUGAAUGCAGGAACAUGAAGCUUCUUCUCAAACAACAGCAAAGGGUUUUACUUGGAAAAUCUGAUGUAUCUGGAUGGGGAGCUUUUCUGAAGAAAAGCGUGGGUAAACAUGAGUACCUAGGUGAAUACACGGGAGAGCUGAUAUCACAUAGGGAAGCAGACAAGCGUGGCAAGAUUUACGACCGUGAAAACUCGUCAUUCCUCUUCAAUUUGAAUGAUCAGUUUGUCCUUGAUGCUUACCGGAAGGGUGACAAGUUGAAGUUUGCCAACCAUUCUCCUGAUCCAAACUGCUAUGCAAAGGUGAUUAUGGUUGCAGGAGACCACCGAGUUGGCAUAUUUGCCAAAGAAAGAAUCAACUCCGGGGAGGAGCUUUUCUACGAUUACCGCUAUGAACCAGAUCGAGCUCCUGCUUGGGCAAGGAAGCCCGAAGCAUCAGGAUCGAAAAAGGAAGAGGCCUCGCAUCCAGGUGGCCGUGCCAAAAAGCUGGCCUGAAAAAAGAAAUCUCAGACUCACAAUUUCGUUCAUUCUUUUUACAGCUCUGAAGGCGUAGGGUUCUAACCAUUUGUGGGAUUCAGGCCAUUGCUGUCUCUCUCUUGCCAGCUUAACUGACUGCUGCAUCAUUUUGUGUAUUUCGUGUUCUCCUGCGUCGGCAUUUACGCCCAGGUCGAGCCAUUGCAUCCAACACAGCAGAAAAAAGCGUAGAGAAAUGAUCAAAUGAAGAAUGAGGUUAGUUAAUUGAUGCCAUUGCCACCACCGAUCUAACUUGCACAGAUUUUCUCAUGUAAAAGGAAAGCAUUUUGGUGCGGGAGGAGGGCCUGGCUACUUUCUCAUCUAACAUUCUUUUCAGUGCCUUUUCUCUCGUCACUUUCGUUUCAGACGCUUUACGAAAUGCAAUCUUUUGCAGCUUUUAGUAUCUUCGCCUUCUUUUGCAUCCCAUAAUUGUCUGCCCGUUCUUUCUUUUUUAAGCUUAUCGUAUGUCAGAAUUUUCUUUUGUGGGAGCUGCAAAUUUUGUUAGAAGGCAUAAUGGUGUGUGUCUGCAUGUUGAACUAUCCAAUAUUACCAAUCACAUUGUGAAUCUGAAUCUUCCUUCGUAGGUUGAAUUUUUGGGGUCGUUUGCUUGUGGAUUUUGGUCGUGGAUUUGGUCAUGGAAAUAUAUCCAUCAUGGACUUGAACCGAAAUCCAUCAUUUGCUUUAGGGAAUUAGGAAGAUGGAAUUUAUGGGGGCCAAAUCUGUGGACCCCACGGAUUCGGAAGUUCCACCUCUCGAGGUGGGAUUUGGGUGGGAUUUAGGUGAUGGAUUAAAAUCCAUGAUGGUAAAUUACCUUUCUACCUGUAAUUAUUUCUUUAAUUACAAAUUUGUCUUACUUUAAUUCAAUGGUCAUGCAACAAUAAACUUUUAUAAUUUCGUAUUUUAUAAAUAUGAGAAUUUAUCAUUUCAUUAUGUAAUAUUGUAUUUUAUUUAAAUAUGAAUGUAUAUGUGAUUUGUUAGAUUCACCUAGAAACUUUUUAUGCUCAUCUUGUGCAUUAUUAUUUGAUUGACUGUUGGAUUCCACAUCGGUGAGUUAGCAAGAAGAUGAUGAUGAUUUGUAAUGAAUUUAACCGAACCCUUCCCCAUUAUCAAUUUUUUUCUUCUAGGGUUUAAGGUAUCCUUGCUGUUUUUCACUAAAUCCAUAUCUGAAACCGGCACAUAAUUUGAAAAGGGUUCAAACGUGAAAUGGACUUUUAGUGGCAGCCGCAAUAUUGACUCUUGCUACGAGUUACGAGCCUAAGGACGCCGGCGAAGUCAACUGGUAGGUGAAGUCGAGCCGUAGAUGUCCUUUGUGAUAUGGCUGAUUAGAGUGGGCGGCGCCGGCGGGCCGGGGAAUACGGCGGAAAUCCGGUCGCCAACUUCUGCCCGUUGCAACUGCCGCCGUCAUACAUCAUGCGUGGCAGCAAAAUUCGAGCAGAUUGAAUCUGUGAUGGCGAAUUUUUGGGAUCGGGAAGAAGAGUGUAGAAAAGGUGCCGCUCGUUUUUCAGAUGUAAUAAAUAAGUUACACGAGGGUAGGCGUAAAGAGGCUAAGUUCUCAUUCCGUUAAGUCGUAGUUGUCAAGGUGGUUUUGUCGAGCUAGUUGAAGAUCCUGAUAACAAAGGCUCGGUGAUUAGGGCGACAAGAUAGAAUAGUCUAUCAAAUAAGAGGCGAAGAGAUGCGAGAAGACUUCGGUCGCAAGUUCAAAAUAAGUUGACUCAAUACCAAUUCAAAUUGGACCCAACCCAAGACCAUCGAGGUAACACCAAUUAGUGUUACCUCGAUGAUAAUCUUGCAUAACUAUAUUCGAUCUUGAUGGUUGAGAUUAAAUUUUUUUUGUGUGC